CGGUGCUUACGAUUUACGCGGAUCUGAGGCAUACGGCUCGCUGGAAGCGCCAACUUGUUGAACAGCAGGAUAAGUGAGACUACGCUGAGACAUGAGUCUACUUCAGAGUUUCUCAUCGCAUAAGCACAUCUGGAAGAUGUACUGGACUCUCAUCUUUCCCUUCGCAGGUUUUAUGAUCGGUCAUAAGAUAGAUAAGAUGGAAACAGAGAGGAUGACAACAUUCAGGGACAAAUCAGCAUUGUACGGUAGAGAGUUAAAGCCUGGGGAGCCACCUUCCUGGCCAUAUUAGCUAUCCUUAUUGCACAUCGUUCAAAUCUUAAGAAAUAGCAGAAUCAAUUAGUGCUUGUUAAGUUAAUUAAAAAAUAAAUAUAUUUAAAUGAAAAUCA